UUUUUGUAUAUUGUCAAGGGUUUUUGCGCAUUUUUUUUCUUCAGCACAACCACUAUGCUGUAUGUGUCGAAAUUACCCGUAGGGACCUCUAGUGGUGCUAUGCAUGCACUAUUUUCGUCCUACGGUAAAGUAAAAGAUGUAUGGAUGCUGUCUCCAGAUAAUUCGGCCAUUGUAAGCUAUGAGUCCUUGGGAUCUGCAAUAAUUGCUAGGGACGCUUUGCAUAAUCGGUCCGUAUUUGAAAACCAUGGUCCUAUUCAAGUUAUUCUUGCUAGACCAACAUCUAGCUUUGAGAACAGCAGUCCUGCUUCUUCGACAGUCUCUUUUGUUCAACCCAAAGAGCCAGUGCUCCGGUCGCAUUCUACUGCGGCCGCUAACUUUUUAUUAAAAAAUCGUCUUGAUUUACUUGAGAUUGCCAAGCAGUUUGAAAUGAAAAUUAAUUUAGAGACGGUUGAAUCAAUGAUUACCAGUGCCAUUGAAAAAAGUCAAGUCGCUACGGAAAUUCGUCCUUCUCUUGAAACCUUACGUUCAAGACAGUUUGAGGCGUCUAAGCUUCGCGAGAUUCGAAAGAAUAUCGACAGUGGGUUCUACACGCAAGAAGAAAUUGAAGUUAUCGCCACCAGCAUGCUGGACGAUGUAGCUGAACUAUCAAGUGACUAUCUUGGUAAUACGGUUAUUCAAAAAUUUUUUGAAUACUGUUCUGAUCCUGUCAAGGAGGCUAUGCUUGAGCGUAUCGCUCCAUACCUCGCUGCUAUAGGCAUUCACAAGAACGGCACAUGGGCUGCACAAAAGAUCAUUGAUGUCGCAUCCACCAAUCUUCAAAUGGAGCUUAUCGUUGCGCACCUUCGACCUUAUGCUGCGUUGCUCUAUUUCGAUCAAUUUGGCAAUUAUGUGGCCCAGUGCUGCUUGCAUUUUAGAUACCCUAAUAAUUGCUUUCUUUUUGAAACCAUGGCUAGGCAUUGUUGCGAAAUUGGACAAAGUCGCUUUGGUGCUAGAGCAAUUCGUGCUUGCUUGGAGAACGAGCAUGCUACUUUUGAACAACAGGCUCUUGUUGUCGCUGCCAUUAUUAUUAACUCUCACUUGCUUGCCACGAACACCAAUGGCAUGCUUCUCCUUACUUGGCUCUUAGACAACUCUUUCUUCAAGAAUAGACAUCGUCUUUUAGCCAUUCACCUUGCAGCUCAUUUACAUACAACAUGCACUCAUAAACUCGCCUCUACUCUCAUUUUCAAGUUAAUCAACAAUAAGCAGGAACCUGAGUCUCGAAAUCUUUUGCUUAAGAAUAUCUUCUUCUCCGAGAAUGAUAGCGUGCUUACAUAUAUAUUGCAAGAUCAGACAGUUGGUCCUUCUUUUAUUCACAAAGUCAUUACCUAUCCUUCAAUUGGCCAUGAAUAUUUAACUCAAUUCCAUAUGGUGAUCAAGCGCGUUCUCAGUAAUUUGCACGUGCAACCCUCUCCUCUUUACUAUAGAUUAAUGGAAGAAGUGGGAAUGACAAGCAAAAGUUUAUCUCCUGCCUUGAGUGGCAUUUCUUUGACUGCACCUUCUCUGGACAGUGCUUCUACGAGGUUGACUCGAGACUUUGGUUCGCUUACAUUAUCUCCUUCAAAUAAUCUGUUGAAUGGUGUUCCUCCUUCUUUUGAUGCUUCACCUGCUUAUUCUGCCUAUCAGCCCGCUACUGCCCCAACGACGGGGCUUGGUACGAGCACUGGCGUACCAAAUCGAAAGUCGAACUUGCUUUUUCAAGCCCCUCGUAGUGAGAAUAUAAAGCCGAGUUCAUCCGGUUUGGACACAUCCUCUUUAGUGAACCCAACUUUGGCGAAAUCUGCAAGUCUCACUGGUGGCUCUUUGCUGAACCCUGUUUCCCCUCUUCUUCGCCGUGAGGUCCCUACUGGAAAACUUACAAUGCCUGCUUAUCCAUAUACCUCUCAAGUCAUGAACCCUGCGAUUGGUACUGACUAUGGGUCAUCUAGAGUUUCAGCUAAGCUUCCCCAGGUAUUCCCUGGAACAUACCCUCGUCUUCAGCAGUCAUUAUUGCCUAGACAAGGGGAGCUUCGUUUUAAUUAGUCUUUCGUUUGACAACGGCUUCUUACGUUUUUGUGUAAAUACGAACAUGUUAUGGUCUCUUCGUUUUACCUUUCUUUAUAUAAUAAACCAAGCAUCAUUCUUUAUUCUUUAAUAUUGUUAAAAAGUUUACUUGUGGGAUUUCAAAGGAAGGAUACUAAAUUAAUUUCUUUAAUUCUUUUCAUUUUGAGGAUGGUUUUGGAGUUAUACUAUGCUAGAGUUUUUACGAUGUUUGGUAUAAGCAGGUGUGGUUUUUCAUUUACGGUUGUUCAAUUAUACCUAUCUUAUAUUAACAUCGUUACAAGUGUUGUAUGGAUUGCGGUUCAUUUAGAUUGCAAUUCAUGUAUGUUUUGCUAUGAAGGAGUUUUGGUGUUAUGUCUUUCUCUUGUAUAAAAAAAGAUCGUCUGGUCUGUGGGUUAAUGGAUUGUUGGUGAUUGAAGAUUAUAUAUCUUUGGGUUUCCAACAUGGUUUUCCUUUGGUGGGCAGAUGGUCUACAAAAAAAUAAACUGAGCGUUAUAAAUAUAUUCACAUACAAACUGUCGUUUAUUGUUUUUCUUGUUUGUGGGCGUUGUUACUUUUCCUAUUAUUGUUAAUACCCUAAUACCUUUAUUUCUUUGCAUUUUGGAAUGUUUGGAAAGUAUGAAGUUUUUAUUGAGGAUUAUUAUUUUUGUUUCUUGUCAAAUACUCUGGGUUGUUUUGGGCUUCUGUUCCAAUACAAUGCUGGUAGAUUUGAUGUGUUCAUAUUAAAUUGUUUAUUAUCUUAUAUAAUCUUUACUGUUCUUUUGUGCUCGUUUAUUGUCGUUUUAUUACCCAUAAUAUCAUCGUAAACGUGACUGGUAUAUUUGGAAUCUAUUCAUUCUGUAGCUAAGGUUAUAGUUUGUCGUCUUUCCUUUCAAUUUUAGUAACUAAAAUGGAGCCUAAGACAUGAAAAAUGUGUUUUUAUGAAAUCAUGUUUUGUAAUUCUGGAUUUCUUACUGGUAAUGUAAAAAAACUACCUUACUACUGUUAAUAAAUAACUUCUUACAAUAAGUGACUUUACACUUUAGGUCUUUGUGAAUUAGAUGAAUUGCUAUUACUUUAUUUAAAACCCGUAAACAUAUUGGCACCUCGUAGGCUUUUGAAAAAAGACUUUGAAUAAAAAUAU